GGCUGGUGUGCCUCACUCUCCUCGUUUCCUUUUGUACGAACCCCUCACGCACUUACGACACCCACGCCUCACGCAUACAGCUCACAUCACCCUUGUACACCUUCCUCACCUCGACGACUCCACUAGUGCCACUGCUAGACACCCGUCCCACACGUCCAUUCCCGCCAACUCGCCAACAUGUACCCAAGCAGAUCAGCCAUCCCCCCUUACUGCACCUUCCUCCAAGCCCGUCUCCAGAUGGUGCGAGACGACUGGACGCAGAAGACCACUCCUGGCUCGCAGUUCCUCUCCUCUCUCAGCAUCCUCUCCAAUGCCCUCCGCCUCAGUGCGCUCUUCCUCGCGCUCUCCCUCCUCUCCGGCAUGAUACAUGCAGUACCCGGUGUGCUCCCCCUGCUGCGCAGCAUCAGCGUUCUCCAGCUCCUCGCCACUUUCGCACACGCUUUCCUCAGCCGCUGGAUACACCACAAGACCUCUGAGCGUACCCUCCUCUCCCUCUCCUUCCUAGCAGUAUACGGAACCCUCGCCUUCCUACUCCAGCAGGCGCUCGUCUUCCUCCCCAUAGAGCCUAGGCUCGCGCUUCUGGUAGAAGUCGUCAGGUGGCAGGGAUGGCAUGUCGUACUGGACGUUGCGGAUAUCACCCCUCCGAAAGAGAGUUGCGCUAGGCCGUCCCUGCUCGUCUCUUUCUAAGCUCCUGUCACCCGGCUCAGCAGUAGGGAAUGGCAUGGGCAUAUCAUCCCCCCUCUCCUCGCGCCUAGGCGUCCCCCUACCCAUACGCGUACACUUACACCUAACUCUAUUCCUCGCACAUUAUCCCAUAGUCAGCAAUAGCUUAUUCUAGUAUACAUCCCCGAUCCUGUCCAAAAUCAAAUAUGAAUGCAUCAGCCGUUGUG